AUGAUGAAACAGAGGGACACAAAGACAUCCACUCAUCACCACUGUCAGCAGUGUGACAAAGCCUUCCUAAGGCCAUCAUACCUAAAGAUUCAUGAGAGAUCUCACUCAGGAGAGAGGCCAUGCAGCUGUGAACAAUGUGGAAAAACAUUUUCACUGAAGGCUAGGUUAAACUGCCAUCAACAAAGCAAUACUGGAGAGAAACCAUACAGUUUUGAUGAGUGUGGAAGAAGUUUUACCUGGAAGAGUAACUUAAAUGAGCAUCGACAAAUUCAUACAGGAGAGAAAUUAUACAGUUGUGACCACUGUGGAAAAACAUUUACUCAUAAAAGUACUUUAAGGCAACAGCAACAAAUCCACACUGCAGUGAAACAGUACAGCUGUGACCAGUGUGGAAAAACAUUUUCACUGAAUUCUCACUUAAACAGGCAUCAACAAAGUCAUACUGGAGAAAAACCAUACAGCUGUGACCACUGUGGAAAAAGUUUUAUUUGGAAAAGUAAGUUAAAUGAGCAUCGACAAAUUCAUACAUUAGAGAAACCAUACAGCUGUGAUCAAUGUGGAAAGACAUUUUCACUGAAGACUAGCUUAAACCGUCAUCAACAAAUUCAUACUGGAACAAAACCAUACAGCUGUGACCACUGUGGAAAAACCUUUACUCAGAAGAGUUCUUUAAGCCAACAUCAACGAAUUCAUACCGGAGAAAAACCAUACAUCUGUGUUCAUUGUGGAAAAAGUUUCACUAGGAAUAGUCAGUUAAAUGAGCAUCAACGAAUUCAUACUGGAGAGAAACCAUACAGCUGUGACCACUGUGGAAAACCCUUUAGUCAGAGGAGUGCUCUAAGCCAACAUCAACGAAUUCACACUGGAGAGAAACCAUACAGCUGUGACCUCAAACCAUCAUCAAUAAACUCUGAUCUUAAAAUGAGCCUGAUCCUUUCAUCCCAACAAUCUCGGCAACUCAGUGUCCCAGCAGAACAGAAACCAGAGUCUGUCCAGACACGCUUUAUGGGCACAGAGUCUGGACCGGUUCUGGCACGGCUGCUGGAGAAACUCCUGAUCAGUCUGAAUCUGGACCAGGAACUGUUUCACCAGGUUUUGUCACCAGUCAUCGUGGCUCAUCUGUCCUGCUUUGACUCUGUGUCUUUGUACAUUGACUUAUAUGUGGCUGUAACACUCACCAGUAAAAAUGUCCUUGUCUUUUAA